CAAUCGAUAAGCCAAUAUUUUGGUGGCGUUUUACGUCACUAUAAAUGCCCGAAAUCUUAGUAACAUUAUAUGAAUCUGAACUUUUGCAGAUGAUUAAAAUGAAAACCGUUUUGUGUGUAUUAGUUUGUUGGGUUUUAGUGGAGGCCAGACCCUCAAAGGAUACAUUGGGCCAGACCACAACAAUGUUGUCUGUGACUCCAGAUAAUACCAAUGAUGUGGAGGUACCCGUGCCUUACUGCUUCGGCUAUACAUGUCCAAAGGGUACUGUGACCUGUGCCGUAGAUGCCGAAUUGACAGAUCACUGGAAGAAAAAAGUAUUUCGCUGCAUGAGUAAAAAUCAUGUACUUCUCGACUCGUUCAACAAAACAACUCCGAUUUGUAAUGGUAAACUUUGUAAUAAGUAAAAUAGAGAGACCUUAUAUUAACUAGACCUAUGGCAAAAUCCCUUCGUUCUUUGUUUUGUUAUAGUAGUGAAUCUCUGAGCGCGAGAAGUGGAAGGGCGACACCUCGUUGUUCGACAUGGAGUGAUGUUGUCCCUUCAAUGAAUGAGUAGCGCCAGGGAGAAACCAUUUGCCUUGACAUAACGUUCCAUAUGCAACUUGAGAAUUCACUCGAUCGACGCACACGCAUAAAAAUUUUACAGUGCUGCUACUCACCCAAACACAAAUUCCCCGCGACUCUCAGACUUUUCCCGGCUCCCACGCGGAUUAAAAAAAUAAUGCAUUUACUUAUGAGACAGCCCUCGUAGAUACCGACCGUUAACUCUAAGAACAUUUAGCAAUGCAACAUUGUUGGACCUUUCUUGGCACAUAGUUGCUCUCAAAUAACGAUUUAAACAGAACACAUUUCCUGGAGUUGCUGUUAUUGUAAGAAUUGUUAAUAAAAAAUUAGUCACUUCGACCAUGCAUCCGUCACCGAACCACAACUGAUAUCUUCGGAGUGAGUUGAGAAGCAAGUCAAAAGGACGUAUGGGUAAUAUUUAUUGUUUAAUUACCAUCACAAAAAGAAAUCGACAGAAGUUGAAACUUGAAAUUGAAAUUUGGGGUUAUCACCCCCUAAAAAACUCGCCAGUGUAUCAAAGUUUUGAACCAUCUACUACUACCUACAACAGGCUACAGGCACAUACAACCAACCACUACCUCUUUUUGUGCAAUUUACUUGACUAGGUAAGUAGCCUGACUGUACGACCCAGUUUAAAUUCAAAUUUCUCAAGAACGAAAUGAAGUGGUUGUAAACAUACUCUCAACUCAUCGUCUAAUCCAAUAAACCAGUAGAUACAAGACCACCAGGGGCUUGCUCUGUACCUUUUUAGCGCAUUUGCACAAAAAUAAAAAAGGCGCUAUUGUGGCCACUUUGCCCGU